AUGCAUUCCCAGGUCUCGCUUUUGCGGACUCAAUCACACGCUCCCGACUCUCAGAACGUCGACGACGUGAUUAACUGUCAGAUUCAUGUCGAGCCCAGUAAAGCGAACUUCUUCUCGAUCUAUCGGUAUGCGACUAGACUGCAGUUGUGCGGAUUGUUCUUAUCAGCAUGUUGUGCAGUUGCUGCCGGUGCAGCGAUGCCCCUGAUGACUUUUGUUUUCGGAUCCUUGUCCGAUGAGUUUGUUAAAGCACUUAACAAUGGACCAAAUGAUUUGCUCGACGUUGCUGGUUCAGUCAGAAGUUUGACUUUGGAAUUGGUGUACAUAGCAAUCGGAUCGCUUGUGACGACGAUGUUCAGCUCAUGGGGCUUUAACCACAUUGGCGAUAGUAUUACUAGCCAUCUUCGACAGAAGUACCUCGCUGCCAUUUUGCAGCAAAACGCCGCGUACUUCGAUGUAGCCGGGACAGGGGAAAUCACCUCAGUCAUGGAUCAAGACAUGAAAUUGAUCCAUGAGGGGAUUUCACAGAAAAUGGGCCUCCUUAUCACCGGCUUCUCUGGGUUCGUGAUUGCAAUUGUCGUCACGUUCACGCAAAGCUGGUACUUUGCGUGCAUAAUGCUAUGCCAGCCAGUUGCUCUUAUUCUGGCAAUAGGGGUACUGGGAACUAUCUUGACCCAGAUACAAGGAAAGACUUUGGCUGAGUACGUCCGAGUUGAUAACUUGGCUCAAGAUGUUUUCAGUGCAAUGCGGAACAUUAUUGCCUAUAGAAGCCAGGCGCGGUACGGAAAGAAAUAUCAUCUCGCCCUACUGCGUCCCACGGCUUUGGAAACUCGGGAGCGAUUGGUUUUUGGCAUGAUGGUUGCAAGUGCCUUCAUGGUACUACAUUGGGCAAAUGGAAUCGGAUUCUGGCAAGCCAAUCGUCUCUUUCACGAAGGAACAUGCACCAUUGCACAGGCGUUGACUAUUCUAUAUGCAAGCUCUAUUGCGGGUGCUGAGCUUGGUAAAGCAAUGCCAUUUGUUCUCGCCAUCACACAGGCCAACAACGCAGCAGGCCGGGUUUUCUCUUCAAUUGACCGUGUCUCGCCAAUCAAUGCAUUAUCGGACACGGGAAGAAAGAUGAGCUCGGUGCAGGGUCAUAUCAAAUUCGAGAAUCUGAGUUUUGUCUAUCCAUCCAGGCCGGACCAACCGAUCCUGGACCGUGUGGAUCUCAUUGUACCCGCAGGAAGGACUGUGGCUCUCGUUGGGCCGUCAGGCUCAGGGAAGUCGACAAUAGUGGCCCUUCUAGAGAGACUAUAUUUACCUACUAGUGGUCGAAUAGUGCUGGAUCACAAACCGAUUGAUGAGUUGAAUAUCUCUUGGCUCAGGUCGCAGUUUGGGUAUGUCAACCAAGACGUUGCUUUGUUCCACGCAUCUAUUCAUGAGAAUAUUGCCUAUGGCUUAAAUACUACCACGAGAAAGAAUUUAGAUUCCGCGGGCACGAGAAAGCUGGUAGCCAAAGCUGCUCAGACUGCUCAGGUCCACUCGUUCAUCAUGGGCCUUCCCGAAGGUUACGAUACGAUUCUAGGGCCGGGAGGGUCACUUCUCUCUGGAGGCCAGAAGCAAAGAAUUGCAAUAGCGCGUGCUAUUGUAUCCCAGCCGCCAAUUUUGCUGCUUGAUGAGGCCACGGCGGCAUUAGACAGUCAAAGUGAAAAGGAAGUCCAGAAAGCGCUUGACGCAGCCUCGCAUGGGCGGACUACUAUUGUGAUAGCUCAUCGACUUUCGACGGUUCAGAAGGCGGCUAAGAUCUUUGUUAUGGACACCGGCCGAGUCGUGGAACAAGGGACACAUGACGAGUUAAUGGCCAAUGAUACAUUAUACAGCAAUCUAGUGAAGCAGCAAGCACUACAAUCCGAUAUUUCGACAGAAGAAGAUCGAACGCCAGUGCAAGAUCCAAAAAAGCAGCCGUUACCUCUAAUCCACGAGACCGAGUAUCUUGAAGACGGGUCUACACAAAGCCUUCCUGAAGCUAUGCCUUCGAAGAAGAAUCCCUUCUGGUCGUUUUCGUCCCGCCGGAGUAUAAUGUUUGUCUGGAAUCUUAGUAGACCCGAAAUGACAUAUACUACCUGGGGUCUGAUCUGCAGUGUUCUAUCCGGUAUAAGCUAUCCUGCCCACUCAAUCUUCUUUGGAAACGCGGUUAUAUCCAUCAUAAGCCCCAGUCUAAGCACAGCAGGUCAUACCACAGACUUUUGGGCUCUAAUGUACUUGAUCUACGGGAUCAUUGUUUUUGGAAUAUACUGUGUACGAGGUUACUGCUUUGCCAUUGCCGCAUCUCAACUUAAUCUCCGAGCUCGCUCAAGUCUGUUCAAUGCGCUUCUUCACAAGGAACUUCCCUUCUUUGGCAAGACAGAAAACUCGACAGGUCAUUUAAUCGGGUUUCUCUCAUCCGGAAUACCGAAGAUCGUUGGAGUAUCUGGAACAUCACUUGGCCUGGUUCUCGAAUCUCUGACCAUGCUCGUCGCAGGAAUCUCAAUAGGCUGGAUAUAUGGGUGGAAGCUUGCCGGCGUUGCUACAGCCACCAUCCCUCUCAUAGUUGUCGCUGGCUAUCUUCAAUACUCCAUGAUCGAGAGAGUGCAGGAGUGCAUUCAACGUGAUUCUAGCGCAGUUGCAGUUGCCAACGAGGGUAUUUGUGCCAUCAAGACUGUAGCAGUGCUCGGUCUUGAAAAUAUAGUCAUCGAAAAGUUCAGCGAUGAAAGCUCUCGCGACCACUUGCCUUCAAAAUGGGUGAAAUUCAGCAUUGCAUAUGCACUCACGACAUCACUCGCCAUAUUCAGCAUUGCCAUUGUAUUCUGGUAUGGGGGCACGCACCUCAUCGCGACCGGCGAGUACACUAUCCGACAAUUCUACAUUUGCUUUGUAGCUAUUGUCGGUGGCUCUCAAGCAUCAGCGGCUAUGUUCUCGCAUGCCCCUGACAUUGCAGGUGCUCGUUCGGCAGUUGAGCAACUCAAGCAACUAAUGCAAGGCUCUCCACUGCACUCACCAAAUAUACGUCAGAAAGAGCUGCCUGCACCGAACCCUCUGGUAGAUCUUUCCUUGCGAAAUGUCAAAUUUAGGUAUCCCUCACGUCCGACCGAACUUUCUUUGAACAAUGUCAGUCUAGAGGCCCCUGCCGGUCGUUUUGUUGGUUUGGUAGGAGCCAGUGGAAGCGGUAAGAGCUCGGCGAUCAAUCUUAUCGAACGUUUCUAUCUUGCAGAAUCCGGAAGAAUCUUGCUAGGGGAUAAAGAGAUUGAUGAUUACGAGCCGGAAAGCUACCACCGAUAUCUAGCGCUAGUUGACCAAAGCCCAUCCUUGGUGGGUGACGAUCUGCGUGAGUGUUUGCAGAGUGGUGACGAGGAUGUGACAGAUGAAGAAAUGCUGGCGGCUCUGAAGAGCGUCAGCUUGGAAGGCUUUUUGUCGUCCCUUCCCUCGGGACUAAGCACGCCCGUGGCAGGCAACGGAUCCAAUCUCUCUGGUGGACAACGACAGCGUGUGGCCAUCGCUAAAGCCCUUCUAUGGAGACCAAAGAUCCUUCUUCUUGACGAGGCAACUUCGGCGUUGGACACAGCGUCGGAGCGAGUCGUGCAAGACGCAUUGAAACACACCAUAAUUCCUCGAACGACCAUUGCGGUGGCCCACCGGCUGAAAACAAUUGCACAUGCAGACGAAAUCCUUGUCUUUGACCGUGGAUGUAUUGUGGAGAGAGGGACUCAUGAUGAGUUGAUGAUGGCAAAAGGGCAGUACUGGGAGUUGGCGCGGUUGCAGGAUUUUGGUGGCCAUGGUAACUGA